AUGGAAUUUCGAGCUCUUCUGAUUAACUUAUUUAAUCAAUUGGCAGAUAAUGAUCGUCAAGCAUUACAUUUUGUUGUUGGUAAUAAAGUUCCACGUAAAGAUCGAGAUAAUUGUACACCUUCUGGUAGUUUAAAUCUUCUUGAUUCUCUUUUUGAUCGAAAUUUAAUUACUGGACAAAAUUUUGAUUAUUUAAUUAAUGUAUUUGAACAAAUUAAUUGCAAUGAUAUUUCCGAGCAACUCAAAGAAUAUAAAUUACAUUCUAUAAAAACAUCCAUCGCUGCGUCAAUAUCAUCAGAAUCAUCAUUAUUUGAUGAAUCUGUAUUGGAUAUUGAAGAAGAUAAAAUGCGAAGUGUUUCUAAUGAUGUCCCAAGACAAUUUCCACACUUAUUUUCCAUUUCUGAAGAACCAUCAACUGAAUUAGAAAGUUCUAUGCUACCAUCUAAUACUAAUACAUUUUCCGAAGGAACAUAUAAUAACAAUGAACAUGAAAGAAAACAAUCGUCUUCAAUUAUUUCAAAUAUAUCGAAUAAAAAACGUAGUUUAUUUUCUAUUAUUUUAAUCGUUAUUACUAUCUUAUCUAUUAUAAUUUGCUUAAUUCUAUUUCGAUAUUUCUUUAUUGAACCACCAAAAUUGAAUAAUGCGACAUCUACUAGGAUUCUAGAGCAAAAAAAACUAUUUUAUAUUAUGAAAGAAGGAUUACAAUAUGGUGAUAAUAGUCCUAUUCAGAAUGAGACGUUUAACGAUGCCAAAGAUCAUGAAUUAUUCUAUGCUGAUCGAUGUAUCGGUGUUGAAUUGAAAUGGUCUAGUAGCGCUUUGUUCUCUAUUCAAUUCUUAUAUUCUAACAAUCGACUAUCAAAUUUACGUACUACUACUUCUACUACUGAAAACAAAGAACUAUCUAUUCUCUCAUCUCGACUCUCAAAUAACUUCAUGUUGAAUUCAAAUGAAGAGAUUAAUAAAAUAAAUUUAUAUCAAAAUUUAUCUCAGAAAAACUUUACUAUAAUCGGUAUACAAUUUUAUACAACUAAUGGAAGAAAAACCAAUAUAUUUGGUUCAAAUGAUGGGCAUUUUAUAACUGAAUCAUUUGAACAUUAUACAUUUGGAUAUGCUAAAGGCAGACAAGAAAAGGAAAAAGGAGUAGAAAUGCUUCAAUUUAUCUGGUUCAAACAAUCUUCUAUGGAAGAACAGAUUGCUACAGUGCCUCGUAAGAUGUUAGAAAUGUGUGAAUUUACCUUUACUAGCCUCAAAGAUCUUAAAUUUGUACAUGCCAAAGGUAUUGAAUCUUCAUGGUACAAUCUUAAGCACAAAUUCAAUCGACAAGGUGCUGAAUGUGAUCCAACAGCAUCAUAUUACGAAAAAAUUAGUAAACGAGGUCCUGAAUUAUUUGCCAUCGUUAAUAAUACUUUAGUUUUUUAUCAUGCUAACGAUGAAUGGUCUAAAUAUCACAGUGCAGCAAAUAUUACAUGUAAUCUUAUCCCAAAGGAACUAUAA